AUGUCUAAGGAGUACGUAAUCAAACCUGAAUCCACUGGUCCCUCGGCUGACACUAGCGAGUGGCCAUUGUUGCUGAAAAAUUACGACAAACUAUUGGUUAGAAGUGGUCAUUAUACUCCAAUUCCUGUCGGAAGCUCCCCUUUGAAAAGAGAUUUGAAAUCGUACGUGAGCUCUGGUGUUAUAAACUUGGAUAAACCAUCAAACCCAUCUUCUCACGAAGUGGUUGCUUGGAUCAAGCGAAUUCUUCGUUGCGAAAAGACAGGUCACUCAGGUACGUUGGAUCCUAAAGUCACCGGUUGUCUGAUUGUGUGUAUUGACAGAGCUACCAGAUUGGUGAAAUCUCAGCAGGGAGCUGGUAAAGAGUAUGUUUGUAUUGUCAGACUGCACGACGCUUUGAAGGAUGAGAAGGAUUUGGGCCGCUCGUUGGAGAACUUGACUGGUGCGCUGUUCCAGAGGCCACCAUUAAUCUCUGCCGUGAAGCGUCAAUUGCGUGUGCGUACCAUUUAUGAUUCAAAUUUGAUCGAGUUCGACAACAAGAGAAACUUGGGUGUUUUCUGGGCUUCAUGCGAAGCUGGUACUUAUAUGCGUACGCUCUGCGUUCACUUAGGUAUGCUUUUGGGCGUUGGUGGCCAUAUGCAAGAACUGCGUCGUGUGAGAUCUGGUGCACUAUCCGAGAACGAUAACAUGGUCACUCUACAUGACGUGCUGGAUGCUCAAUGGACUUACGAUAACACCAGAGAUGAAUCCUACUUGAGAAGAAUCAUCCAACCUUUGGAGACCUUACUCGUUGGCUAUAAGAGGAUAGUGGUUAAAGAUUCGGCCGUCAAUGCCGUAUGUUAUGGUGCUAAACUGAUGAUCCCAGGUUUGCUUCGUUAUGAAGAUGGCAUCGAACUCUACGAUGAGGUCGUCUUGAUCAGUACUAAAGGUGAAGCCAUUGCAGUAGCAAUUGCUCAAAUGUCUACCGUUGAUUUGGCCACUUGCGAUCACGGUGUAGUCGCUAAGGUCAAGAGAUGUAUCAUGGAAAGAGAUCUUUACCCAAGGAGAUGGGGUUUGGGUCCAAUAGCCCAAAAGAAGAAGCAACUGAAGGCGGACGGUAAGCUAGAUAAGUACGGCCGUGUCAAUGAAAGCACUCCAGAAGAAUGGAAAAAGAACUACGUUCCUUUAGACAAUGCCGAAGCAUCUGCAGCACCUGCAGCAACCACUUCCAAACAAUCUGAGGCAGCUCCUUUGAUCGAAGAGGUUAAAAAAGUUGAGGUAGAGGUUGAAGAGAAAGAAAUCGACGAUAAAGCAGAGGAUGAUAAGCAGCUGGACAAGAAGAAGGAGAAGGAAGAGAAGAAAGGGAAGAAGGAGAAAAAGGAAAAGAAGGACAAGAAGGAUAAGAAGGAAAAGAAGGAUAAGAAAAGAAAAUCAGAGAGUUCUCAAGACGAGCCUGAAAAGAAGAAGAAAAAGUCCAAGGCUUAA